AUGGCUCACAUAGAAGGAUUUAGACUACCUUCCAAUGUUCCUUCUGAAUGUAAGGAAGUUGUUCUUAAUACUUUAUAUAAAAUGGAAGAACAUGUUAUAGGAAGAGGUCCAAGAUAUCAAUGGAGUUUAAAUGACUUCGAGAUUGGUGCACCUCUAGGCAGAGGUAAAUUUGGCCGUGUGUAUCUAGCUAGAGAAAAGACCACCGAAUAUAUGGUUGCGCUAAAAACUUUGUAUAAAGUGGAAUUAAUGAAAGGACGUGUAGAAAAACAAGUAAUGCGUGAAAUUGAAAUUCAAACACAUUUAAGGCAUCCCCAUAUACUUCAAAUGUUAACAUAUUUUCAUGACCCUAAACGUAUAUACCUUGUAUUAGAGUUUGCAGCUAGAGGAGAAUUAUAUAAAGAAUUAAUACGUCAACCCAAUAAAAGAUUUAAUGAACACUUGUCUGCUAAGUACACUUAUCAAGUAGCAGAUGCUUUGGAAUAUUGUCAUAGGAAUAAUGUAAUUCAUAGAGAUAUAAAGCCAGAAAAUUUAUUACUUACAUAUGAGGGUAAUGUAAAAUUAGCAGAUUUUGGUUGGUCUGUGCAUGCACCAUCAUCCAAAAGAAAUACAUUAUGUGGAACAUUAGAUUAUUUACCCCCAGAAAUGGUAACAGGACAAACUUAUGACAUAUAUGUAGAUCAUUGGUGUUUGGGUAUUCUUUGUUAUGAAUUUCUAGUGGGUAGUCCACCUUUUCUUAGUGAAACACAACAAGAAACUUAUAUAAAAAUAAAGUCAUUAAAUAUACAAUGGCCAGAACAAAUUACACCUGGAGCGAAAGAUCUUAUAUCAAAGUUAAUUAAACGGAAAAGCUCGGAAAGAAUUUCUAUGGCAGCUGUAAAGAGACAUUUUUGGAUUUUAAAGUACAAGGACGCCCACUGA